UUCAGUCGAUCCCAGGUUGCGCUGCACCACACUGCCUCUCAUCUGCGCCAGUGUUAUCAAGCAGAGAUUAAUAACCACUCAUAAGUGCUUAGACAGAAAAUCGUGAUGUGUUAUUAUAUAGAUUAGUCUUAUUAUAAAUAUUCCUCAUUAAAGGGACGGGUCUGGAUUCAGUGACUAAGGCAUAUUAAGGGAUCGAUUUUGGGGCAGUGAUUACGGUCGUGGCACUAUGUUGACUGAGGUGCUGCUGGCGGCGCUGCUGUUGCUUCUGCUGCUGGUGUUUGUCAACAGAAAGCCACAGGGCCUCCCCCCAGGCCCUUGGGGAUGGCCUGUCCUGGGAAAACUUCCCUCGAGGGACCUACCUCUCGCCGAGCAAGUCAAAGCGCUGAGGAGAACGCACGGUGACAUCAUUUCAUGGCGAAUAGGCAGCCGUAUUUACAUCUUCCUGUGCAACUACAAGGUCAUUCGGGCGGCCUUCACGAAACCCGAAUUCUCCAGCCGACCGAAUCUCUUCAGUCAAAAGGUGUUCACUGAUUUCACGAAUGCUGGCAUCACGUUCAACGAAGGCCUCGGGUGGCAGACGCACCGCCGCUUCGCCCUCCGUCAGCUGAAGGACCUGGGAAUGGGCAAGUCCAGCCUGGAAGCCGCCAUCCUGCACGAGGCGCAGUGCCUGGUGGAGGACUUCGGCGAGCACCUGGGCCGCCCCGAGCCGCUGCCUUGGUCCAUUCACGUGGCGGUCCUCAACGUCAUCUGGAAACUCACGGCGGACCGACGCUACGACGUUGGGGACCAAGAGAUCCAGAAUUUCAACAAGUUGAUCAGCCGGUCCCUGGAGAUCUUCUCGGGGAUGGCGGAGGUGUACGACAUGUUCCCGUGGCUGCGCAGUGUCGUGCCGAGCUGGCUGGAGGACAGGACGGAGAUCGGCGAGUAUCUGAGGAUCGCCGACAACAUUGCGGAGUUCAUGGCUGGAGUGAUCAAGGAGCACCAGGAGAGCCUCGACCCCCACAACCCAAGGGACUACAUCGACUCGUACUUACUCGAGAUGGAGGCGCAGCAGAAGGAGGACCCGAACUGCACCUUGAGCUUGCUCGACCUUCGCUGCGGGGUUGCUGCUUUCUUCAUAGCAGGGACUCUCAGCGUCUCCUUUACACUGAAGGCCAUUUUGCUGCACCUCGUCCAGCAUCCUGAGGUUCAGACGAAGGUGCAGAAGGAGAUUGAUGAUGCGGUGGGAAAGGACGCUCUGCCGACGACCCAGGAUAAAGAGAGCCUGCCCUACCUGGAGGCGACCAUCCUGGAGUGCCUCCGCGUCACCAGCCUGACCCCGCUGGGCCUCACGCACUCGGCCGCCCGCGACACGCCCUUCGAGGGUUACGUCAUUCCCAAGGACGCCCUCAUAAUGAGCCACAUCGACUGCUGCCACACCGACCCCGCCUACUGGGACCGCCCCCUGGAGUUCUGCCCCGAGCACUUCUUGGACGACGAGGGCAAGGUCGUCUCGAAAAAGGACGGCUUCUUGCCCUUCUCUGUGGGGCGACGCGUGUGCCUUGGAGAACAGCUCGCCAACGUAGAACUGUUCAUCUUCACUGCGGCGCUCCUGAAGAACUUUUCCUUCUCGGCUCCUGAGGGCGUGGAGGUGUCUCCGCGAAACCUCUUUCUUGAGCAGAAAUUCGUCAUUGAGAGGCGGACGUAGGCUGUUAAAAGGAUGUCUAAGGGUCUAUCGAGGCGUUCGUGGCUGCUUUGAUCUCUCUCUCUCUCUCUCUCUCUCUCUCUCUCUUCCUCUCUCUCUCUCUCUCUAUCUAUCUAUCUAUCUACCUAUCUAUCUCUCUCUCUCUCUCUCUCUAUCGCGCAUAGCGUAUGUUACAUACAUAAUAUAUUGUAUAUAUGUAUGUAAUGAUAUCCAUACAUAAAAACGCAAACCUUUAGUUUAAGACCCGAGCCCCGAAAUGACCCUUCAACCUGGCAGGCAAGGAUCAGGCUUGGGCACCUCUGUCGGUUAAUCCAGGCAACUUUACUAUGAAUUUGUAUCUUACAUUACAUCAAUAGUUCCUCUUAUUAAAGUUAACUUGCUUCAAUACUCGUCAGAUUAUAGUAAGUGACAGUGGGAAUUCCCCCAAAUACCCUUCAGACUAAUGAUAAAUACAAGGUUUAAUGAAGAACAAAGCAAGAAUAGCAAGUAGUAUUCCCUGUGAGUCCAGGGCAUUGUUAGCAAACUUCAUACUAGAUUUAUAGUGAGUUAUAUAUAUAAUUGUAUCUUAUAUACUUGAAGUAUGGUGCUUACGAAUUGGAUUAAACUAGUAGUGAUAAUGAUGAAUAGAUAGAUCAGUAAAGAAUUAACAUAUAUAACAGCUUUUAUACAUCAAGUCCUUAGAUGUAACAAAUAAUGAUCUGUUGAAUAAAUUUGAA